AUGGUCGUCUCCUUCAAGAUCUCCCGCCGCGGCCGCCGCUUCUACCCGCCGCCGCCCGCCUCAACGUCCGGCGCCGUCGACCCGCCUCCGCCCGCGGCGUCCCCGUACGGGCCGCCCCUGCCGCCGCCUCCGCCGUGGCACGCCGCCGCGGCGGGGGGGCCGGGGCUCGGCAGUGGCGCCGCCGUCCGGUCGGGCGUGCUCGGUGGAAAUGGAGCCGAUCCUGCUGAUUUAGACCUCGAGCCGUCCUUUGCGCUGAAUCUGUUUCCGGAUGGCUACACCGUUGGUGGGCUCGAUAAGGGAAUGCUUGUGUUUCUGAUUGGCGAUGAUUCAGAGAGGAAGCCGUACACUAGGGCAUCGAGAGCUUUGCUUUCCGAUAUUGAGUACGGCUGCUUGCCUCAGGAUAUCUUGCAUGGUAUCCCUUGUAAAUUCCGCAAUGGAAUUGUUGUCUGCGAGGUGCGGGACUACCGACCCUUCCUUUCUAAUGGGGGCGAUUCUUCAGGAUAUGACUUCCCUAAAAUGAACAGAGUUGCUCUUAGAUUGGGAACUGAAUGUGUUAUCAAGGAUCUGUCCUUGAUUGCGGAUCCUUCGUGGACUUAUCACCAUCAACUGAUUGCUGAGUCGACCAUCAUCAAUUCCUUGCAGCCCAGGCUUAAUUUGGAUCCUACACCAUGCCUUGAAAAGCUUUGCAACUCUGUUAAGAAGAUCGAUUUAGGUCUAAAUAAGGGAAGACAGCGAACCAAAGAUACAUCUCUUAUCAGUUCUUCUACUGAUCCUCCUGAAAAGUGCAAGCCCAAGGAAUGCGGCACCUGUGAAGAUGCAGCGGUAUGCAUUGAGAGAUCAGCUCUAGAAGUCUUCCCAGCCAGAAUAUUUUGCAGCUCACCUGUGAACUGUUCAUCCUCUGCCCAAGUUAAUAAUCCGAAAUCAACUGUAAUGUCUGAUCCUGAAGAGACCAUUCAACGCUCUUCUACCCUGAGGAACAGUUCUGCCUUAUGUGACAGAAAACAAAGUGCAUCAGGUAGUCCUGCUCCUGAUCAUUCUCUUCAGAAUCAUGAACAGCAGGUGGAGUUAGCAAUUGUACAGGUUGAUCACAAAAAUGGACAAUCACCAAGGGAGACAGUUCUAUCACAAAAGAGAAAGCAGUCCUUGAAUCUUCCACGUGAAAGGCGAUCUUCAAACAAAAGUGCAAGGAUGAGUUUCCAAAGUCCCAAAGGCCAGUUUCAAAAGUCAAUCGGGACUUCAAAUAAAGAAAGGCUUAAACUGGGAUCUCCAAAAGAAUCACCGGUUGAGGUUAAGGUAGAUCAGACAAUGGGCAAGAAGGAUAUGAGAGUACAGCAACAGAAGACCUUCUCAGCGAUCCCAACCAAUCGCCUAAGUCCUUCCUUGAACAGAAAUGAUCCAUGUUUAGAAAAAUUCCCCAAAAAGGUUAAGCAAGGAUCUCAGGAAGAACUGUUAAUUGAGGUUAAAGUUGAUCAGAUGAUUGGCAAAAAGGACACGAGAGGACAUGAACCGAAGCCCUUCUCAGUUAUCCCAUCCAAUCAACCACUUCCUUCCUUGAGGAGAACUAGUCCAUGUUCAGAUAAGUUCUCUGAAAAGGUUAAGGUGUCUCAAAAAGAACUGCCGGUUGAGGUCAAGGUAGACCAGAUAAUGUGCAAAAAGGACAUGAGAGAACAGAAAAAUGAGCCAUUGUCAAUGCUCCAAAGCAAUCAUCCACACCCUUCCUUGAACAGAAAUAGUCUGCAUGCAGAAAAUAUCCCUGUAAAGGUUCACUCUUCGCAUAUAACGAUAAAUGAAAGUCAUUUGGCCUCAAUUGUAAAUCUGGACAGUCACAGCGCGUCAGGGAUCGAAGUUAGUGCAAUGACCCCUGUAUCCUCCUGCGAUGCAAGUUCUGGAAAGGCGGCUGCCGGACCUAAUGAGGAUAAAGCUUCUACAGAGCCCAGAACUACUACUUUAAAGAGAGACGUACCAGGAACUUCUCCCAUUUCUCUGAACCAGCAAGCCAGUUUCAAAGGGAAAUGUCAGAAACAAGCUGAUAUUCUGGACAGAAGACUGUUUGAGGACGGAGGCUUAGUUGAGCCAGGUGUUGCUGAUAGUACUGCCAGUCGAUUUGGUAUUUCUCCAGAUAUUGAGUUGUGUAUUAGACACCCUUUAUAUAACAUUGAACCUGACAUAGAAAAGAUCUUAUCAGAGGUCAUCCUGAUCACCCAGAGGCAUGCACUAAAUGGAAAUGCUUCUAAGGUUGACGGUGUUGAAACAUUGAGGCCAUCGUCUUCCUGCUCACCCUCCCAUUUCUUUCGGUAUGGGAAUGCUGGGGGAAGUCCGUACAUGAGAGAAGAGACCAUUUCGUGCCAUCCGACUACAGGAACUAAAAAUACUCGAAAUAUUGGAAGAUAUGUUUUUCACCGUGUGCAGUAUUUCUGUAGAGGUAUAAUUGAUCAAUCUCACUACAUACUUUGCCUUCGUGAGUCUGAAUCACCAGAGGACCAUCAAAUAGCUGUUGUAAUGAUAUCUGGAGAUGAGCAUAUUCACAUUGCUACUCUUCCCACUUAUGAUCAAGCAAGGAAGCUUGUGGACCAAUUCAUUCUUCUGAUGAAACGGGAUGGCUACGCACUAUGCAAUUCUAAAGUCUGUAAUGGAUUCUCUGUACCCAGGCAGCAAUGUGGAGAUGUCUCUCAGCUUGGCUAUCUGACUGGAGAACAUUCACAAUACCACGGGUUCUCACCUUGUGUUGCGAAAAGUGUUGUAAUUAAUGAAUGUCAGGAUACAAGCUUUUCCUUCCAGAAGAGGCUCCAAGAUGUACAGGGAAAUGUUCGGCAGCAAGGGAACCAGCAGUGGGGGCUGCCAGAUGUACAUUCAAGCGUUUUACAUCAAGGGAGUCAACAGUGGGGGCUGCCAGAUGUGCAUUCAAAUGUCCUGCACCAAGGGAGUCAGCAGUGUGGGCUACCAGAUGCACAAGCGAAUGUUCGGCAGCUAGGAAAUACUCAGCAGUGGAGGCUGCCAGAUGCACACGCUAAUGUUCGGAAGCAAGGGAGUGAUCAGCAGUGGGGGCUGCCAGGUGCACAUACAAAUGUUUCACAUCAAGGGAGUAAUCAGCAGUGGGGGCUGCCAGGUGUACACGCAAAUGUUCCACAUCAAGGGAGUAAUCAGCAGUGGGGGCUGCCAGGUGCACACGCAAAUGUUUCACAUCAAGGGAGUAGUCAGCAGUGGGGGCUGCCAGGUGCACAGACAAAUGUUGUGCAGCAAGGGAGUAAUCAGCAAUGUGGGCUGCCAAGUGCACACGCAAAUGUUCCGCAUCAAGGGAGACAGCAAUGGGGGCUGCCAGAUCCACAUGCCAAUCUUCUGCCUCAAGGGAGACAUCAAUGGGGGAUGCCAGAUGUCCAUGCCAAUGCCCUGCAUCAAGGGAGCCAGCAGUGGGCACAGCCAGGGCAAUGCCCAACAAUGGCUAGCGUUGACACAUCCCACUUCCUGAAUCCCAAUUACCCAGCUGAGCAGCAGUAUAACAGCCGAGUCCCAGGUGGAGUGUGCUCAAUGGAUCAGCACCAGCAUCAUUACCUCCAGAACAGACAUCCAGGUUCCAGUGAUAGGUACGCUACAAGCAUGAACACAGGCUUCUACGAUCAGUGGCACCAGACUCCUCCGCAGCAGCUCAGCAGCAGGACGCACCAAUGGGGCUUCCAAGACUUCGGCAGGCAAACUAACAGCAUGCCUCAAAUGCAUGCCGGGAGGGGCAUGCGGCUGUCGGUGCCGCAUCCGGUUGGCAGCCCGCAGAUGAGCUCGCCGACCACCGGCUCCGAUGUCAGUGUCACAAGCUUCUUGGUACCUCCCAGUUACCCGUACCCGCCACAUGGAAAUGGAAUAUGUUGA